AUGCGCUUCCAAUGGCUCCACGUCGACGUGGAGCGACGCGGCACUUCUCGCAGACGUCUCGAGAAGAAGCAGCAGCAGCAUAAGGACGAUGCGAAGAACGUCAAGCCGCCUGCCAAGAUGCAACGACAGAAGACGAGCGAUGCGGUGCCUCAGGGCGUGACGUGGUCCGAGAACAUCAUACAGCGAGCUUUUGGCCUGAACGGUGCGAGUGGUGGUGAUGUUGGUGAUACGGACGACACAAGAGGGCACAAGCGUGCCGAGACAGCGCCAACGGUGGUGGGCAAGCACAGCGAGGACAGCAGCGAGCAACACACCCAUGGCCAUUCGCGAAACUUCACAGUGGGCAACGUCGGUGCAGGAGGGAAGCUAUACCUCAAGCCGACUCGUGUCCUACCCAAUUUCACCUAUGCACCCGCAACACCUCCUGCAACGGCCGAUGGCUCAGUGUCUAUGUAUUCCCAGGGCCCUUUGUUGCGGGAAAGCAAUGCCUCUGGUACCUGGACGCCGAGGGUAGCACGCGGACGCAGCGCAGCCAUGGGCCAACUGAUUGGAGCUCCUCCUCUUAGUCUCGCGAACAACACCAAUCGACCGUUUGCAACACGGUCACACUCUUGUUCGACCGCCGACGAUCACCUACGGACUACACUGUACGAUGCCAAUGAGUUCAACCUGCCUCAGGACGACGAUGAGAUCCCCUCGAGGCGACGCAGAAGUGGCUCUGCGGCUGAGCUGCCGCGACAUGAACUCGAUGUGCACAUUCCACACUACCGGUUGGGCACGCCGCACUUCAGCGAGCGCGGAACGGCAUACUUGCACUACUCCAUCGCGACCAACUCGACUGUACCCAGCUCGGUACUCUCAAGAGCUGAGUACGACAAGCUGUUCCCGAUCCCACCUGGGCGAGGAGUCAGUUUCUACUCGCAUCUGUCCCAAGCUGAGAUGCCGCCUUUCUUGCGUGCGUCGGGACACUACAGCCCGAAUGGCACUCCCUUCUCAAGGACGCCAGUUCAAUCGGCCACGCCGUCGAUGGCAGCAGCCAUAGCGCCAGAGCUCUUCCAUAAGCUGGAGGCGAACCUUCACGAUCCGAGUGUGGUCCAUUAUCACCCAACCAGUGGACGUAUAGUGGCAGCAACUCCAGCACGGCUCAUUGCCCAGAUAACCUCGCCCCAAUUCUUGGACUACGAGCUUUUGGCCGACUUUUUCCUCACGUUCCGCUGCUUCAUGUCAAGUCAAGAUGUUCUCGAGUUUCUGUUCGCUCGAAUGCGCUGGGCAUUCUUAUACGGAACCGACGGAGGCCGUAUUGCCAGAGUUCGAACCUUCGUUGCUCUAAGACACUGGAUUCUCAACUACUUUCAGGACGAUUUCUUUCCAGAUGCACUAUUCCGACAAAACUUCUGUGAUCUGGUCAACCACCUGGCAAUCUGCCUGCGCCAGCGUCCAGACAAAGGUGGAGGAGACAUCAACAUCAUUGGCGAGCUCAAGAAAUGCUGGCGCCGUACUUGUGCUUUGUACUGGCCUAAUCACCCUGAUGCUCACGUCACAUCGCCGGACAAGGACAUUGUGGCUGGCGGUGUACCUGAUCCUUCAGUACCAGCAGCGCCCUCGGCCUUGAGCCUUCCACUAAGCUUUCGACGCACGACAGCACGAGCUUCGAUCUUUGAGAUCGAGCAGAUUCAAUUGCCCGAGGAGCCGAAAACGGUCAACUGGGGGAACCUUACCAAGGUAGAAACUAAUGAGCGAAGUGGUCGCUCUACGGUCACAACACGCACGGCAAGCUUGCCGGUGUCCGCAAUUAGUGAGCAGAGUCUAGAAGUGCUAUCGUGCUCUAUACCGUUCCUUUUCCGCAAUCUUCGUCCCUCCGCUCGCUCGAGGACAAAGCCGUCUGCUGCUCCUAGACAUGUCGAGAUCAAGGAAGAGAAGGCGGGGGAGCAAGAGACGAGCAAGAAGCCCAAAAGACCAACACACGGGCACAAGAGGAGCGGCAGCUUCUCGGAUGCGUUGCGGGACAAAAGAACGCCACUGUCAUCUCCAAGGACAGAUGCAAUUGAGCUGAAAGAUCUGCCGUCCUAUGCUAUAACGGGAGGGUUGGUGCGCGGUUUGGUGCUGACACCUGCUCCAGCCAAGGUGGAUAACAACAUUCCGGUGACACCCGGACCUCCGGGUCCUGACUUGACGGAGGCUAGGCUUCAGGGCCAUAACAAAGGAUACUUCGAGGCAGGCCAAAGUAUGGCUGUCAAGAAGUUCGUAGGCGAGGUCAAGCGUGCCUUAAGCAGUCGCAAGGCGGGCAGCGAGUCGCCUGCACGGAGUGAUGGCUCCGGCUCGGCUGGUGGCUCGCGAAGCACUGUACGCGGACGUGUGCGUGUCGCAACGAAGCCACAGCCGGAUUGGCAACAGUUGCCUGGUCCUGAUCGACUCGAUGUGCUGGGCUUGACGGUGGAGAACACCUUCCAGGACUCGCUAGACUUGGCCCACCAAGAAAGGGCGCAGCGUGAACGAGCUUUGACAGAAGACAAAUUGUCCGAGCGAUCCCACGAAGGCCUCAGAACGCCGCCAAGAGAGGCCGAAGACGAGGAGAACCUGGAUGACAAGGCAGCACAAGAGAGAUACUACGGUGGGAAGGCGCUUCCGCAGCCGCCUCGUGCUGAGACACCCCGACCGACUACUGCCCGCAAAAUGACCUCCGAUUCAGCCAAGAAGCGUUCGGAAUCUGUAGAAGUCAUGGACUUCGGCCGCUACAACAGUCAGUUGAACAGUCAAGUCACCACUCGCAGCCGAUCUAUUGUCAUCGUAGAUGCCACUGGUGCGCCUCAGAUACCAUUCAUGGCUGGCGGCCUGGGUGGCCACUCCUUCAGCUCAGCUUCGACGGACAUGAUGCCGAUACCAUUGUUUCGGGACAAGCACGAUCAACCGCCUGUACCGCCAGUGCCGAACCAUUUCACGAAAGACUAUGCUGGGGUUGGAGCAGCCGCAGCCGCAGCGUCAAACGCUUACGAAAGCCGAUGGGCAUCGAGCAUUGAUGAUGGACGAACCUCCGAUCAAAGGAUGCAUGACCUGCUAACGGCGCCCAACGCCUGGGACAUGGACUACGGCAGCAAGGCGAGCAGCCAGAAGUCUGGCGAUACAAAGCCACGGAAGUCGUCAUCUGUCUACAAUGCAGCGCGUUUCCAAAUGUCGCCUCUUCCUCAGCAGCUCCGCAGAGUACCCGGCGGCGAUCUGAAGCACGCCCAUCAUGUCAAGUCUCUCGAGAUGGCAUUCAGGCCACAAUCCGCGGGCACGAACUCGACGAAUUCCCGCUCAUAUAUGCGAUCAAGAUGGCUGUCCAUGACUUCAGACGGAGACAUAUUGCCGCCUGAACUAGCGCCAGAGGUCAGAAGGUCAGUGUCCUUGCUCGACACGCCCUCUUCGGCGCAGAUUCUGCGUGCGUCCUUUGAGGAAGAAGCGAAGCGGCUGAAGGGCAUACCCGAUGACAUCAAUACCGAAGGUGGCAUUGAGGAUGCUCUGUUGAAGCUUGAGGGUAAGAUACCAAGCCCAGCAACAAGUGCGAACAACUCGACUGCUUCUUUGGAAAAGCGACCAACGCCUACGGACGACCCUAUGAAACGGGACGACACUUCUGAAAAGCACGAGACACCGGUAGUUGUCGAGACUCCCGAGAGGUAUUCAACGCCAGUGGGUGCCAGCACGACCAGUGACAGCGUGGACGAAGAUGAACAUACGCCGACAAAGGCUCACGCGCUCAAACCAUCGCCUCUGCAAUCACACCCAUCUACUUCGCCUCUGCAGUCGCACCCGGUCGCAUCACCUUUGCAAUCACAUCCCUUUGUUUCACCUCUGCGAUCGAAUCCGGUGGCUUCUCCUCUGCAAUCACAUCCACUGAAGCCACCUCCAAGAUUGAAGGAAACGCCAAGUGGAGAUGUCAAGAUGACCUAUGUGCCGUACUUUGGACAAGAGUCUGCUUCUGGAAACACAAGUGGAGACAGUCCAACGGUCACCGAGACCCAAGGAGCCAGCAUAUACCACUUGUCAGAGUCGGGCAUACAAUCCAUGAGCUCUCAGACAGAGUAUCCACUGCCCAGUUUCCCUUCAGAGUGGCCAUCAGAUGCGUUGGCCUCAUCCACGUCAGUUCUGCCGCCCGAACCUCGGCUCAGCAGAUAUUCAUUACCAGACCCAUACGACCGGAUGGAUACACCGGAGUCAUUCCCGUACGAGCGGAAGCCAGAGAGCAUUGCGCAGAGUAUGUCUGAUGGCCGCUACCCAAGCUUCCGGCCAGGUCCUUGGAACACUACCGGAGACCACACCUCGUUCUUGUUGGACGACAACCAAACACUUAGUGAUAUCUCGACAGAGAUUGCCGCCAGUGAGUAUGGUGAUCCUGGUGUUCGUAGCUUUUACUAUGACGACGACGAGCCGAUGCCACCAAUACGGCCAUUCGCACCUCCCACGUCACCGUCGACCAAUGGUGGCACGGCAGCUUCGCCAGACAAGCGACACUUACUUCCUCGAUUACUCCCGCGCGACUCGGACACGCCUCUGAAAGAGACCAUUGGUGCACCCAUGUUAGUGCCUCAACCUGCAAAUCAGCCAUUCCCGCGAAGACCUCCAGGGCAGAGCGGGACUCUGAAGGCGCAUCGCAGAUCAGAAGCCGAGUCACCGACGUUCCCAGCACACAUGCCCUUCGUUCUGGCAUACGAAUCCGAAGUCAUCGCCGAGCAACUCACGAUCAUCGAGAAAGAUGCCCUUGACGAGGUUGAUUGGAAGGAUCUUGUCAGCCUGAAUUGGCAGCAGAGCGCACCUCAUGUGACCAAUUGGGUCGACUACGUGAGCAACGACCAGAGUCUCGAAGCGAAUGGCAUCGACAUUGUCAUUGCACGUUUCAAUCUGGUAGUCAAGUGGUGCAUCUCGGAGAUUGUGCUCACAGAUGUGCCCAGCGAGCGAGCGCGCACGAUCACGAAGUACAUUCACAUCGCAAGCCACUGUCACCGCCUACACAAUUUCGCGUCGCUAUACCAGAUCACGCUCGCGCUCCUUUCGCCAGAGCUUGCCCGGCUGUCAAGGACGUGGUCACUGGUCGCACUGCGAGAGAAGCAGAUGCUCGAGAAUCUUGAACAGCUCUGUCGACCAUUACGCAACUUCUACACACUUCGCGCAGAGAUGGAGACAGCGAUGCCGCACAAUGGCAUCAUACCCUUCAUUGGAUUAUAUACCCAUGACUUGAUGUUCAAUGCCUUGAAAUCGGCACGCAUUGAUGCUCCAGCCGGCGGUAAGGAGCCACUGGUUAAUUUUGAACGCUAUCAAACGGCAGCAACCAUUGUGAAGAACCUUCUCCGCCUCAUCGAGGCCAGCGCGAAGUAUGACUUCCGCCCGGAGCCCGAAGCUCUCAGUCGCUGCCUCUGGAUCGCAGCGUUGGAAGAUGAUGACAUUGCCAGGCGGAGCAAGUCGCUUGAGCAGAUAUGA